UCGCCAUCGAACGAUCCAUCCAGCCACAAAUCGAAGAAGAUUCGCAAGGCACGCACGGCCUUCACCGACCACCAGCUGAACACGCUGGAGCAAAGUUUCGAGAGGCAGAAGUAUCUCAGUGUGCAGGACAGGAUGGAGCUCGCCGCCAAGUUGAAUCUCAGUGACACGCAAGUCAAAACUUGGUACCAAAAUCGAAGGACGAAAUGGAAGCGACAGACAGCAGUUGGCUUGGAGUUGCUGGCAGAAGCAGGAAACUAUGCGGCUGUGCAAAGAAUGCUCCAAACGAAUCCCUACUGG